AUGAAGUUGAAUGGGAAAGGACUGUUUGCCAUCGUAUCCAGCUGUCUCCUCUUCGCCUGUGCCGUGAGUACUGUUGCAGUCGGAAUCAAAUGCUUCUUGCUGGGAACAGAAGUGAAAGGGGAUUUUCACCUGGGCGCCGCGGCCGGGGCUUUUUAUUCGGGACUGCUUAUCUGCCUUGGGCAGGUGCUGCUCGGAACUGCCUUGGUUUGCUGCAAAGGAAAACCGAGGAGUCAGAAUUUCUUCCUGCUGGGUGUCUUGGUGUUUAUGCUGGGAGUCCUUACUGCCUUCUCGGGAGCAGUUAUAGAUGGAGAUACAGUGUCCCUGGUGGAUGGGAAGCAUUCCCAUUACUGUUUGAACUCGCCAAACCCAAUCUGUGACAAACUAAAGGAUUACCAAAGGAGCCUGGUUAUAUCUGCUAUCCUUAACACCUUAGAGUGCCUACUUGGGCUUAUAAACUUGAUAAUCAUGAAGAGGUACAAAUCAGCUGAGUUCUACAGAGGGAGACACUCGUCUCAGAGACAAAGCGUCGGGGCUAUACUUUUCAAUGAAGAGCAGGACUUUUCAAUGGGGGAGUUUCCAUUCCAACCUGUUUCUUAUAUAAAUUUGGGAGUUUUUCAAGUUUUUGACGAAACAGGGGUAGAGGUACAAUGUAGAGGCCACCCCUCUAUUGAGUUACCCGGCUAUUCGCCAUCAGAUCCAGAGCUAAACCGUUCAUACCCCUUUUCUUACCCACUUCCAAACGAGCUGCCCCCCGCAUACCAAGAGAUUUAUUUCGAAGGAAACUAG